UCAGAAGUAACGUGAAAAUAUAGGAUACCCGCAUCCUUAUAUCGUUUGAUGUCAUAACGCGGUUAACAGAAUAAAUAGCCUUAUUCCUAUCUACUACACGAUUGGACGAUGUAAGAAUUAAUUUUAAAGAAACAUUGUUCAAUUGCAAUAAAAAAAAACAUCUAAACACUAAUGUUUCAAACACUCUUACCAUCAAACUUUUUUUACCAUAAAACCCAUAAUAAAAAUCGUUAGUAGAAUCACGUUUUCAAUCCUUAUCGCUUUCAGAAAAUUUAAUGUAUAUAUAUAUAUAUAUAUAUAUAUAUAUCUAUAUAUACGAUAAGGAAGAACGAAAGAUGAUCUAAUUGAUCAGAAAUUGAUCAGAUUGUAAAAUUUCGUAAUAAAUGCGAAAGACGAUCCUUGAAAAAAAUAUGACAGAUUGGAAAAUACGGGCGAUCGUGACAGCGUUGACAAUUGAAGUUCCAAAUUCGUGAUGAGGGAAAUACCAUUGGCCAUCCUCCGACGAAGGCUCUCGACUCGACAAUGGUCCUUGAUCAGAUAAGUAUACCGAUUAUCCAUCGUAUCUCCAAUUCCCUGCGAUCGUUCCAGGAUCGUGAACGCGCAAUGCAUGCCCUUUAAUAAGGAGAGAGGGAGGGGAAGAAAAGAAAGGGAAAAACGGAAACGAGAAAUCACCGAACAAUACCCGGAGCAGAUAACAGAACGAAGCGCUUGACGAACACGUAGGUGGGGAAUACGAGACACACGAUGUGGAAUAAAUAGUGGCCUGAAAUCGAGCGGAAUUCAGUCGUGCUGCUGUUGUAACAAACGUCGUUGACGUUUAUUCACCAACACCUCUGACGAGUGGACCUCGUGAAAUCGUUUAAUCUUAUCUGGCUGUACAGGAUAAAUCAAUAACUAAGCGGCAGGGUGAUUCGCACGCCGAGAUAUUACGCUUCCUCGAACACGCAAUAACGCGAUCAUCGGUGCGAUUCGACUCAUGUCUCGGCCUCUCGUGACCACGGAAGAGAUGAUGGUUGGAGUGUUGCUAAUGCUAGCCCCCGUACUUCGGAUAAACGCGUUAUUACUCGGCUUCGUACCGAGCACCCCCAACGACAACAACAAAACCAAACGGGAGUUCAACGUUUACUGGAACGUGCCCACCUUUAUGUGCCAUAAAUACGGGCUACGCUUCGAAGAAGUAUCGGAGAAAUAUGGUAUUCUACAGAACUGGAUGGAUAAGUUUCGGGGCGAAGAGAUCGCGAUCCUUUACGACCCUGGAAUGUUCCCGGCGUUGCUGAAAGACUCGAACGGGAACGUAGUGGCGAGAAACGGCGGUGUCCCGCAACUGGGCAAUCUCACCAAGCAUCUCCAAGUAUUUCGGGACCACUUGAUCAAUCAGAUCCCGGACAAAUCGUUCCCCGGCGUGGGGGUGAUCGAUUUCGAAAGUUGGAGGCCGAUAUUCAGACAGAAUUGGGCCUCCCUCCAACCCUACAAGAAACUCUCCAUAGACGUGGUUCGCCGUGAGCAUCCGUCCUGGGGCGAUCAGAGGGUGGAGCAGGAGGCGAAACGAAGGUUCGAGAAAUAUGGGAAACUUUUUAUGGAGGAGACGUUGAAAGCUGCGAAGCGAAUGAGGCCGGCCGCCAAUUGGGGAUACUACGCUUACCCUUAUUGCUACAAUCUGACGCCGAAUCAACCGAGCUCCCAAUGCGAAGCAACCACCAUGCAGGAAAACGAUAAAAUGUCAUGGCUGUUCGAGUCGGAAGACGUCCUCCUUCCGUCCGUUUACUUGAGAUGGAAUCUGACGAGCGGCGAAAGAGUGGGCCUGGUCGGUGGCCGCGUGAAGGAGGCGUUGAGAAUAGCGAGGCAAAUGACGACGAGCCGAAAGAAGGUUCUACCCUAUUACUGGUACAAAUAUCAGGAUCGAAGGGACACGGAUUUGAGCAGGGCUGACCUCGAGGCAACUUUACGAAAAAUCACGGACCUCGGCGCCGAUGGGUUUAUCAUUUGGGGAAGUUCCAACGAUAUAAACACGAAAGCGAAAUGCGUACAAUUCAGGGAAUACCUGAACAACGAUUUGGGCCCUGUCGUUAAACGGAUCGCGUUGAACAGCAACGCCCCUGCCGCGAAAAGUCGACUCGACGUGAGCGUGGACCAAGUGUGACCGUAGCCACCGAGCUGGAGCUGGUUCUCUUAAUCGCCGAGCGGAUCCAGAGAGAGAGAAAUUGUGCAAACGUUGUUCGGUUUCUGAACGCUUAUUACGCGGCGUACACGCGUGAUUACCAUACGUGAUACGUGCGAGGAGGAACGGCGCCCGACCUUCGAAAUGGAAAGAUGUCGAAUACGGGAAACGACGCGUGUCGUCGAAACCAAAGGCGAUUGGUCUAGUCGAUAUAGUUGGGAGGCGAUAGUCGCGCGAUUCAACGUAGUGGUUGGAGUAUCGAGCAACGAUCGAAGGGAGGGGAAAGAGAAAUAUUUAUCGUAAAUAAAUUUGCUGUUGUAUCGUC